CCUUUUAGUCGGACAUAGCAGACUUCACAAAUAAGAAACCAAACGAAUAAAUAUAUAUAUUUUCGAAUUUUUCCAAUAAUCGCAAGUACCCAGAGAUGGCUGACAAUCCCACCGAGGAGGCACCACCUGCACCACAAGAAGCUCCUGCUGAGGAGGUAAUAGCUGUGGAGGAGGCUGUUGCAUUGGUGACUGCAACCGUUGAAGAGGAGGGAGCAGGAAUCCCUGGUGAUGGCGGCGAUCAGGCAGAUAGAACCGGUGAAGAAGUAACCGAUGGCGAAGGGCAGACGGAGGUGCCUAACGAGGAGGAUAAGAUCCCAAAGGAAGACCUGGGAUCUCAGGUGAAACCGAAGGGCCUCAUAACCGCCGAAGACCGAAAGCGCGAAAAGCUCUUGAAGGUAAAACAAAUGCUCGCCCAGCGAAAGGCUGAGGAGGCAGAGGCCUUGCAGGCUGCACCUGUUCCGAUACCAGAAAAACCUCAAAAGGUGCAGGAUCAAGAUAAGGACUUGGAUGACGUUGACGAUGACGAGGCCAAGGAGGAUUACCAAAGGGAAUCCGUUCAGACCUACCAGCAAUUGCACUCCGGUGACGAAGAGUCCGAUGAGGAACUCGCUGAUGACGAGGAUUUAAAGGCCAUUCUUAAUCAAAAGGUCGCAACUCCGGAGGAAAAAGAUAGCAUUAUUGAGGAUUACGAUCUGGAGUCGGUCGUCAGCGAGGACACGCCCCUGCCCAGAUUGGGAAAGUCUCUGAAGGGCGAGUUCAUCCGCGAGUUCGACAGCCUGCCCAGCAUCACGGACAUAUCGCUCACAUCGGAGGAAGAACCGGAACCCGAACCAGAAGUUACCGAGAAGAAGUCCUUAACCUUACCGGAAACUGGUCAUUUUGUGGAAGGAGGCACAGAGGGUUCGGGAGAGGGCGAGUCGGAAUCCAACUCCGAUCGGGAUGCCAGCACUGCGGCAAUAACAGUGGCUGAGGAAGAAGAUGAGGAGUCUGUCAUAAUGGACGAUCUGCCGGAGGAACAAGCGCCUGUGGAGAAGCAAGUGGGUUUCGGCGAGGAGGUGGACACCAUGGCCAUGUUUGCCGUGGCCGUGGAUGCGGAUAUCGGACCCACGCAGGAACUUUCAGUUCCGGUAGAGGAACCCUUCUGGUUUCGCCUCACAUUCGACUUUCUCAGCAAUCUGAUCAACACCGUGGUGGCUGCUGUGGAGAACGCCGACCGUAACAAGGAGCACUUGUUGGACAAGAGCAAGAUGAUGGUGCAACUGCAGGUCGAGGUGGACGAAUACAACCUGGAGAAGUACCAGAACUCUCUGCUGAACAACGUGGUCUGUGAUUACUUCAGGCGCAUUCAUAAAUUCAACAACUUUCAGGCACUCCCGGUGGAUGAUGUCCGUGGCGAGUUGAAUCGCUAUAUGAACGCCCUCAACGUCGUCGACAAUCUCAUGGAGCGGGUGAAAAUGAUUAAGAUAAAUUACGGACACACCACCUCGCGGGCCUUGAUGGAGCUCAGCUCGCUGUCCCUGCUCGCCUUCAACGAGGAGCAACGCCUUGGCGGCUUCAUGCACAAGACCCUCGUCCGCAAGGACAUGGACCGGUUGAAGCGCGCCCUGGACAACGAUCUUAGGCGCAUGCAGGACCUGCGCAACCAGAUCAGCGAGAAGCGCUACGAGCUCAAUCUGAACCUCCACAACCUGGCUUUUGUGGAUGAGAAAGUAAUGAAAUUUGAGAGGGUAACUGAGACUUUGACCAUUUCUCAAAUGAUGUGCGCCAACGAAUCCAUAAUACAGCUAAGCAAACAAUUAGAGGAAAAGUGCAAGGAUGUGGCGGUGAUGCAGAUGAACUACAAGAAGUCGAUGAUCGAGGAGACGUGCAUCCGGGAGAAGCGGGACAUGAUCGCCUAUAUGCUGUCGAAGGCCAAAAACGAGUAUGCCGAGCGUUUCGAGCGGCGAAACAAUCUGCGAAAGCAGCUGACCAGUCUCCAGUUGGAGCACGCCAAGCUGAAGGCCAAGCGGGCCAAGCUGGAGGCCAAGGGCGGACUCCUCUUCAAAUCGGGCCUGAUGUACGACUACGACAAGUGCAUGGUUGAUAUAGAGACUCGUCGCUCCAAUAUCCAGGCCAUGAAGAAGACAUGCUUCGAGCUAAGUAAACGCAUUUAUGCCGUGGAACAUGCCAAGCACGAGUCCAGUAUUUCGGUGCGCCAUCUUAAUUUAUAGCUUUGAAUUUGUAGUUUUUUAUUUUCACUAACAUCUCUAAUAAAUUUGAGUGCAUCUUAUAAA